AUGCAAGCAACCAAGCCGUCGCGAGCAUGUCAAGUUGUCAGUUCGGAUCAUGCGGCAAUGUUCAAGGUGUCUUGCCGAGAAGUCCUUCAAGGAAUAGUACCCCCACAUGGUGUAAGAUGCGUGCGAAAAGAACGUUACAAGCGUGAUCGGGUACAAGUUCUUCCCAUCCAGUUUCUAGGAGCGAGGAGAUCAACACAGCAAAGCAAGGGACAACACUACAUCUCAAUGCUGGGCGUCGACAUUACAUAUUCAUCUGGUAGUCGCGUGUUCUUCACGCUUGUCACCAUCCUCCCUGCCUGCGCGGCUCAAAUCCUCAGUUACGUUAUCAAUAUUGGCAUCCGCCCUCGCUGUUCCAACGUAAGCUUCUCCCAUCCUAAUGCGACACUUGGCGCGUGUCUCUCCUCCUCACGUGGAAACUUGUUCGCGAAUACCCUAUAUGCAAUCGGAGACGAAUCAUUAACUUUCGGCAGCGAGAAGCGAGAUGUAGACUUUAAAUGGGGCACAGACAUGAUCCGUGGAGUGAAUAUUGGCGGCUGGCUGGUCUUGGAGCCCUGGAUCACACCUUCCAUUUUCGAUAAUGCAAACCGCAAUCGCCCACAAAAAGAUAUUGUGGAUGAAUACACGCUUGCCGAGAAGUUGGGCCCUGAUGCCGCACUCGCGGUUCUCCGCAAACACUGGGAUACAUUCGUCACGUGGCAGGAUUUCAACAAGAUUAAGCAGGCUGGUUUCAACAUUGUUCGCAUACCAAUUGGUUACUGGGCGUAUGACACGUUGGACUCGCCAUACAUCACGGGUGCUGCUGUCUACAUCGACGCUGCGGUGGAUUGGGCACGGCUGUUAGGACUUAAGAUCGUGAUUGACCUUCACGGUGCACCGGGCUCGCAGAACGGAUACGACAACUCGGGUCAACGGCUAGAUGUUCCCACAUGGCAGACUGGCGAUACAGUCAAGCAAACUCUACAAGUCCUUAAGACCAUCUCCGACAAAUAUGCACAACCCAGCUUCCAAGAUGUGGUCGUUGGUAUCCAAAUAUUGAACGAGCCAGCGCAGUAUUGGGAAGACAAGAUCAAAUUGGAUGUCACCAAACAGUUCUACCGGGAUGGCUACGGCCAGGUGCGCGAAGUCUCGGACACGCCGGUCAUCCUAGGCGAUGGAUUCAUGCCGCCCAGCUCAUGGAAUGGAUUCCUCACCCCCUCAGAUGGCAGCGCGCUGAAUGUGGCUAUGGACCACCACGAGUACCAAAUCUUUGACAACAAAUUCAUCAAAUGGUCACCCGCUCAGCACAUUGACUACGUUUGCACAAAUGCUGACACCUACAAUGGUGCCGACAAGUGGACCUUCGUCGGCGAAUGGACAGGCGCAAUGACAGAUUGCGCGAGGUAUCUCAAUGGCUACGGACGUGGUGCACGAUACGAUGGUACGCUGAACAACGCGCCCAAGAUUGGCAACUGCGGCUGGCAAAACGACAUCAAGCAGUGGUCACAAUCGUACAAGGACGAGACGAGAAAGUACAUUGAGGCGCAAAUCUCAGCUUUCGAAAACAAGACCCAGGGUUGGUUCUGGUGGAACUUCAAGACGGAGAGCGCAGCUGAAUGGGACGCCUUCGACCUAAUCGACGCUGGCGUGUUUCCUGCGAUCAAAAAUGGCAAAGUAGACUACCAUUUCAAGACCAAGUGCUAG